AUGUCCUCUUUCCUAGAGCCGAUUGAAGACUUCCGGAAAGAGCUCCUCUGUUCCAUCUGUGGCAACUUCUUCGCAGAUCCAGUGUCUAUCGAGUGUGGCCACAAUUUUUGCUAUUGUUGUCUCUUCACAAACUGUCAGGAAGCCUCUACCUUCUUCUCCUGUCCGGAAUGUGAGAGGGUCUCCCAGCUGAGGGAUUUCAAAGCCAAUAGACGACUUGGGAAACUGGCUGCCAUUGCCAAAAAACUGGGACCCCAUCAUUCACAGGACCUUGAAGACCAUUCACAGGACCUUGAAGACCGUUCACAGGACCUUGAAGACCGUUCACAGGACUUUGAAGACCGUGGCAAGUGUGAAGUGCAUCAAAACGUGAAGAUGCUGUUCUGUGAAGAUGACCAGAGGCCAAUCUGUGUGUCUUGUUCUCAAACCCUGGAACAUGAAGCUCAUACAUUCUGUUGCAUGGAUGAGGCUGCUGAAAACUUCAGGGAAAAGCUCCAAGAAACUAUGAUUGAUUUGAGGGAAAAAACUAAGAAUGUCGUGUUACAAAUGACUCAUGAGAAGAUUAAUUUCAUAAUAUUUAAGAACCAAAGACAAAGUCAAAAGAAUAGUAUUUUGUUUGAAUUCCAGAAAAUGCAACAAUUGUUCAAAGAAGAGAAAGAUUUUUAUCUAUCAUGUGUGGAAACAUGGGCAACAGUCAAUUCAGAAAGCCUGAGCAACAGAAUUAGUGAACUGUCUCAUCACCAUCAAGCAUUAAAGAAGAGGAUCACAGAGUUAGAGGAAGAGCGCCAGAAACCCGCUCUGGAUUUGCUUCGGGAUAUGAAAGGAAUUUUAAGCAGGAAUCAAUGUGUGCUACAAAAGAACAUGGAAGCCUUCACCAUAUAUAUGACGAUCCCGCCCAUCCUAGAAAUGAUGGAAUGGAUAUCCAAGUGGAAGGUGGACAUCACUUUGGAUUGCAACACAGCUGAUCCAGGUCUCAUCAUCUCUGAGGAUCUGAAGAGUGUGUGGUAUGGAGGGAUUCAAGGGGAAGUGCUCAACAGCUAUGAGAGAACUAAAGAUUUUGCCAAAGUUCUUGGUUCUCCAGCCUUCAUUUCAGGUAGAUACUACUGGGAGGUGAAGGUGCCAGAAAUCACUAAGUGGUGUGUUGGCAUCUAUCAAAAAUCAAAAGACUGUCACAACUUCUUUGUUAUUAGUUCUACCCAGAUACAAAAUAACCCCUGUCUUUAUGUUAUGGCUCAGCACCAUCUUUAUUCCCACGUCCAUCUCAAAUACCGCCAGAUCUCUCCAGCCAACUUAAAGGUGGGUAUAUUCCUUGACUAUGAACGUGGAGAGAUGUCAUUUUAUGAUGCAAUAUAUGGAUGCCUAAUUUAUACAUUUCCUCCCACUUCGUUCUCCGGACCCUUUCUGCCCUUAUUCUGUCUUCCUAAGGAAGAAUCUUGUCUCUCGAUCUGCCCCUAA